UUUGAGAGAGGACCUUGACUUAUUAACGUUUCGGCUGCAAAGACCGUUUCAACGCCUACUUAUAUCAGCGUAUUGCAGAUUUAGCUCAGCAUGAAUCCUUCAACAUUAUUAGUCCUCAGUCUUUUACUAAUUUUUCUGACAUAUGGAAAUGGUCAGAAAAUAACUCUGUGGAUGAAUAACAAAGCAGUAGUAUUGGAUAUGAAAACCAGGCCAUCUGUCAAAAUUGGUUCUUCUGCACCGUAUGAGCCACCAGUCAACCAUCAAACAAAGACAGGUGCAGAUGAGCACGAGGAACCGUUGGAGGAAGAUCCAAAAACAGUGUACCUAGCGGAUUCAAUGUGCGAGUCGUGCGAGAAUCUCGGACCGGUCAAAAAACACAAAUGCCGGAAACAGCUUUGUGAGGAGGGACAAACAGUCGAAAAAGAAAUUCUUAUUUCGUAAAAUUUGAACAUUCUUUGAUUUUUACAGAUCUUUAUUUUGGAACCGGAUUAGAAUUGUUUCGUCGGCCAUAUUUGUUAUUGAUUUUAACGUUUUAUUACAUGUAUGCAGAAUUUAAUUUUGAAUUAUGUCUUUUUGGAUUCAAAAGAACAAAUAAAUAAAAUGCGAUUUUGUU